UUUUUAUUGUGUUGUUUUUGUUUUUUUUUUUCUUUUUUUUUCCCCACUCCUCUUCUUUUUCCGCUCCGGGCUGCGCUUUCGCGGAGAGUUCACCGCCCUCCCCCGCCCCGCGCCGCCGGGCUCCGGCCGAGCAUGGAGAAGUACGAGGAGGACAUGGCACUGAAGGCCACCAAGUUCAUGGAGGACCUGUCCCUGUACGAGCCCUGCCCGGAGGGUCCGUACGGCCGGGGCGGCCGCCGGGACCUGGCGCUGCACCCCGACCUGGAGGAGACCAAGCGGGUCAUCGCCGCCCACAUGACGGCGGAGCAGCGGGGCCGGAAGAUGAACGGCACCGCCGCGCCGCCGCCCGCCGAAGGCUUCCCCGCCGCCGCCCCCUGCGGCAAAGCCGCCCCGCUCCGCGCCAACGGCCGCGCCGCCGCCGAGCCGCCCGCGGGCCCGCCGUGCUGCGAGGAGGGGCUGUGCACCCGCUCCGAGGUGGCGCUGCCCUGCUACAGCGGCUUCACCGACAAGGGCAAGCGCUACUCGGCCGAGGGCUACCGCUACGCCGCGGGCAGCGCCUACGAGGGCGGCUACGUGGCCAAGGGCGGCGGGCGGGCUCCCGGCGGCCCGGACGGCAAGUUCGGCGCCGCCAGCCCGCGGGCCAGCCUGGCCGCCGCCUCGCCGGGCCCCGCCGCCGAGCACGGCAAGUUCUCCAGCCCGCGCUCCAGCCUGGGCGGCGCGGUCGCGCUGCCCUACGAGAAGUUCUCCAGCCCCCGCUCCAGCCUGGUGGUGCCCGGGCAGGACAAGUUCGGCAGCCCCCGCGCCAGCCUGGUGCAGUACGACGGAGCCGCCCUCAGCCCCCGCUCCAGCUACGCCAGCACGGCCAGUGACACCAGCAAACACUCCAGCCCCCGCGCCAGCCUCACCGGCUACGACGGCGGCGGCAGCAAGCCCAGCAGCAACCGCACCAGCGGCAUCAGCAUGGGCUACGACCAGCGCCACGCCAGCCCCCGCUCCAGCACCGCCAGCCAGUACUCCUGCACCGCCAGUCCCCGCUCCAGCUACUCGGACUGCAGGUACGGCCCGCCGGGCAGCGCCGAGCCCGAGGGGGCGGCCGGCGCCGGGCUCGCCCUGGCCAGCCCCCGCUCCAGCCUCUGCGGCCCCGAGGGCCGUGGCUCGGCCGGCCCCGCCGUGGUCAGCCCCCGCUCCAGCAUCUCCAGCCAGAGCUCGCGGAGCUCCCGCGGCUCCAUGAGCGCCUACCCCGAGCUGCAGCUGCCGUCGCCCCGCUCGUCCCUGCUGGGGCCCGGCCUGCAGGAGGACGGCGCCGUGCCCGAGCUGGGGGACGUGUACCACCGCAUCCAUGCACAGUCCCCGCCGCGGCACGACCAGCAGCACCCGGCCGGCGCCCCCGAGCCGCCGCCCCCCUACGCCUACAGCCCGACCAAAGGCUCCGCUUCGGCUCCCAAAUUCAAGCUCCCCUACCAGGUGACGCCGUGCCGGGAGAGCGGCCCCAGCCAGGCGGAGAGGCGGCUGGAGGCGCUGACGCUAGAGCUGGAGAAGGAGCUGGAGAUGCACAUGAAGAAGGAGUACUUUGGUAUUUGUAUAAAAUGUGGAAAAGGUGUGUAUGGAGCGAGCCAGGCUUGCCAAGCAAUGGGUAACCUCUAUCAUACCAACUGCUUCACGUGCUGCUCUUGUGGGAGAAGACUACGAGGAAAAGCAUUCUACAAUGUCAAUGGCAAGGUGUACUGUGAAGAAGACUUCCUAUAUUCAGGUUUUCAGCAAACAGCAGACAAGUGCUUUGUUUGUGGACACCUCAUAAUGGAAAUGAUCUUACAGGCCCUUGGAAAGUCCUACCAUCCUGGCUGCUUCCGCUGCGUGGUGUGCAACGAGUGUUUGGAUGGAGUCCCCUUCACUGUAGAUGUGGAAAACAAUAUUUACUGUGUCAAAGACUACCACACGGUUUUUGCACCAAAAUGUGCUUCCUGUAACCAGCCGAUCCUCCCAGCACAGGGCUCCGAGGAGACCAUCCGGGUGGUGUCCAUGGACAAGGAUUACCACGUGGAGUGUUACCACUGCGAGGACUGUGGCUUGCAGCUCAAUGAUGAGGAAGGCCAUCGUUGUUACCCCUUAGAGGGCCACUUGCUCUGCCACAGCUGUCAUAUCAGGCGCCUUAAUAUCAAACUGCCAUCACAUCCACCUCCCAGCUACCCCAUGCAUGUCACAGAACUCUGAAAGACAUUUCCAUGAUCCAUAAGCCGUUUGAAAGAGAAGACAAAAAUGUAAAAAUUACUUUCGUGUUCCUUUAAAGAUGAGGUUCCGGUAAUAACCAUCUAAACGAGCUAUUUAUUUUUUGAAUCAGAGGUGAGGGGUCCUUUUCUGAUCUUGUACAUAUGCAUUCUUUUAUCUAGACAUUUUCACUGAGACACCGGCUACUUGAAUAAAUAAUUCACCACUUAACUGUAACUGUAAAUGGCAGCAUUUCUAAAAACAAUGGUACAAAGGGCUGUUCUGCACUCCCUACUCACUUCCUUCAGUGGAGAUUUCACCCAAGUAAGGAGUGUAGAAUUACUUUCCAAAAGUUAGCACCUUAUCAUAUUGCAGCAAGCAUGAUAAGAUAAAUGCUAGCAUUUUAGCUAGUUUUGUUGAAUUCUGGUCUUAGAGAAUACUUAGAUUCCAGAAGUAGGGAAUAGGCAGCAAGCAGGUGUUUUAGCCAGGGCAGUUUUCAGCGAGGUUAAAGAAGGGUGUUGUGUAAAGAAGUGUCAGGCCAGCUCUCCAUCCUACAGGGUCCCACAGUCAUCCAAAGACUAAUUAUUUAGCCUGUUCAAGAAAUACAGCAAGCAGCUGAUGUAAAACCCAUGGUACAGAGGAUUGUAUCCAAAAGAUUGGCAUGUGCAGGGUCAGCAGUUGCAGCCCUCUGUAACUGCUGGCUGUGUAGCCAUGGCUUCAAAAUGCAUUCCUAUCAACUGGACCAUUUGGCACUUACUAAAGAAUUCAUCUUUCAAACCUGUUUUUUGUUCAGUAGGGUUCUAUGCAAAAGUACACUUGUCUUUAUACUGCUUGUUUUAUCCAAGACUUCAUUUGUUACCAACUGCUUCAUGAUUGUAUGUUGAGACAUUAUUAAAGAGAGGCACGGUGGUUUGGUAUUA